GUUAGUAAGAUCUCUGUCAUCGCGGAGUGCGCACGUAGCCGCAAACGUUAUGCGACUUACGCCGCUUGCUAACUAAACGUACGCGGUUCACAGAAAUUAUGAGUUUUGGACUGAUCGCCGGCAAAAUAGACAGCGGCAGAUUACUGGUUCUAUAUCGAAAAUUAAGAAUAGUGUCUAGAUAUUGGGAGGUCUUCGGCGAUAUUCCUGCCGCGAGGCUCCCGAAGCAGAGGCUACUUUUUGGACUAUAAAAGUUUUUAAGUUUUUUUUUUACAGACACAAUAUAAUAGUCUUAGUGUUAAGUGCAAUAGGUGAACUGUGUUGUGUUGUUUUUAUUUUGAGGAUUUUAUUUUUUUUCGGAUUUGCAAAAUGGUUCCUCAGCAAAUUAUUAUUUCGGAUGUGAGGUCUAUAUCACCCACUCCGACUGGAGUUCCCAUCUUCGGGUCUCAAUUAGUCGACAAAAAUUCGUCGACACCCUACACUGAUGCCACUCAGACGAAGAAGAACAACCCUAACCACAUCAAGAGGCCGAUGAACGCGUUUAUGGUGUGGUCUCAGAUCGAGCGCAGAAAAAUAUGCGAACAAACACCGGAUAUGCACAACGCCGAAAUAUCAAAGAACUUGGGGCGUGUUUGGAAAACGUUGAAUGACGAAGAGAGGCAACCAUUCAUAGAUGAGGCGGAGAGACUUAGACAGCUUCAUAUGCGAGAAUAUCCCGAUUACAAGUAUAGACCUCGCAAGAAGACCGCUAAGCCCGCCCCAAGAAAUGGUGGUGUCACUAAGCCCAAACGCAAGCAGCGGGCUGACACAAAUAACAACAGAGGAGUAACCAGGCGACGAUCUCGGCCUACACCUGCAAGCGUCCCCAUGAUGCCUAUGGACACACCAGCUCCACCAGCCCUGCCCGCAUCUCCGGCGGGGGCCCCUGACUCCCCUGAGUCGGCUUGUCUCUACGACGACAAUUCUCGGCGCGAGCAGACAGACCUUACGGACCUAUAUUCCAUAACGGACUUGCUGCGCCUCCCGGCUGACUGUGAAGUCGACCUAGAUGUGCUUACGGACAUGGAGUCUUUCGAGACAGCCUCUUCCUCUUCAGGCUCGCACUUCGAGUUCUCGUGCACGCCGGACGUAUCGGAUAUGCUCAGCGAGAUCGGUGUGACGAGUGAUUGGGACGAGACUGCGUUUUCGUCGUACCUCACGUCGUCUUAGAGCGGUGUGCGGGUCGCCUCGGCCGCUGGCCGGUACCACUGAUCUCAUUUCGAGCCGCCACACGGGGGCCGACGACGCGGCGACCACUCGCCGCCCCGCCUAGAGAGUGCCUACAUCCAAUCGACGUGUCGACAUUUGGAUUCAAUGUACAAAGUAAUGUAAUAAGGUUUCGAGUGUGAAAUUUCGGUUCUAAUGUCGAUCGGCCGACGUGGCCGCUUUAACUUCGUUUUAUCGUUUAGUUUAUAAAACUAACUGUUGCAACUGGCGUCUGAAAACGUGGCGCUAGACCCGGUUUAAAAAAAUAGGCUGUGAGUUGGUUUUUUAACCGUGUUGCUUUUAUUGAUUUUUUCUUUGAAAACAAAUCGUCGGAUAGAUUUCCAAACGGCACGUCUCAGACGCAUCUCAGUAAAAAAUUCCGUCUAACUCUCCGUCGCCUGAUUAGCAAGCCGCGGACACUUGUUUGCGCACGGUCGUGGAGUCGUGUCGCGUUGUCGCGUCCGUAUAUUCUCUACGAGUACAUUACUCCAGUUGGCUUCUUCAAACUAAGUUCGCGACUCCUUCCUAUCUUACUUUAUUUUAUAACUUUUACACUGUAGAUAUCUUUUUAUUUACGUUCAAACUAAACAUAAUAUUAUAUCAUUCGUAAUAGAAAAUUAAGACUAGAUUAUAGUCAUGUUUGUCUUACGUUUGUACGUAAGUUCACUUUAUACUUUCAUGCACGCAUAGUGAUAGUUUGGUUUAUGAUUUAACUGUCGGAAGCUGAUCGGUAUGCUAUUCGUAAGAAUUCGGAGUGCGGAUUGUAGAGUGGAUAUAGAAUAUUGACUAUAUGUGGGAAUGAGCCCUUGCCGCGUGAAUCUUUUCUCUUUUUGAAUCGAGCCAUUCGCGCCCUGCUAUUGACGGCUAUGUUUUUUACCGUCGCGCGCGUGACUUUUUUCAAAUCCAUUAAAUAGAUUCAUGGCAUUGGUAUUGUGUAGGUGUUUCAGUCGAUAUGUCUUGCUAUAUUUACGUUAGGUUGCUUAAGGUAGGGUUAUGUGCGUUGGUAGGGUACGAAAGUUUGUCUAAAGAUACCUCAGGAUCGAUGCAAAGGGACACUUCAACUUUCUAGUUCAUUUCUUAAGUCUUCAUGCUUCACAAAGUCUAUAGAAAGAUACAUAUCAAAAGGGGGAAUGUACUGUAUCGCGGGUCGGUUAUGAUCGUAAGAACAAAACUAUACUUCUGUCAAACUCAAAUAUUUUGCUGUUUCGAACUCUGUGAUUUACUUUACGGAAUUUCUAAAUUUUAAGAAUAUUAUAGUGGAGACUGAUAUCGCAUAGAUUAGUUUUAGCAGCGCUAGCUUCUCUAUCUUUUUUAAUUUUUAGAACUGGGCAUAACUCUUGAAUGUAAAACGAGACAUAUUUUUGAUAUUUCGCUUCACUGUGGUUAUUCAGUCGCGAGACGUCGAUUUCCAUAGACUAGCGUCCAACAAAAGUAUUUGUAUUUUCGUAAACUGUCAAUUCAUUGGAAAUUAUGUCAGUUACUUGCAUAAUAUUUACAAAUUAGCCUCUCUCAUCUUAAGAUAUAUUAAACUCUGGUUACGCUGUAGUUGAUAACGAAAACGUGUGUGUAGAUACUGUGUCCCUAAUAUAAAACCAAGGGAUCCGUUGUGCUCUAAUCAUUAAAAACAAAAUGCUUUACUUAUAUUAUUAUAUUCUUAUAAACAUAUUGUAAAAACUUCGAGUAAUAAUUAGUAAGUGUCUACGAAAUCCAAUUAUUUUUAAAGAUGCAUAAAAAUUCGCGUUAUCUAUACAUUAUUGUAUUGCAAAUCUGUAAUUUAUACUGUCUACUGUGUGUUGUAGGGCAACAUAUAUUAUUUAUACAAUCGAUACUUAAAGGAUAAAAAAAAUUCGUGCCUAAGAAAAUUUCGAUUUCAAAUGUAUAUUUUAGCGAUGCUCAAGUAUCUUUAUAAGCAAGUAGUUAUGUAGAAGCUGUUAAAAUCUGUGUAAAACUGUUAACACUAAGAUAAUUUCGAUUGCCAGAUUUGCAUUUGAUAUAAUUUGCUACAUGUACGUCAUACAAUAGAUUAACUACUAGGAUUGUUUCCGUCAGUGUCAGCACAUCAAUAUUUAAAAUCAAUCUAGCAAUUUAUCUUUUGUACUCCAUUUAUUUAGAACAUUUGAAUGUAUUUAAUGCUCACAUUUCAAUUUAUCCACAUUCACGUUCUGUGUGCUUUAUUUCACGAGUAUUUUGAAACUUCGACAAUAAAAUUUUACUUGGGUAUAAGUUCGGAACAGACUUACAAGAAUUUCCGUUCGAGUACGUUUUGAAUAUACCUCAGCUUUACCACUGUCGUUUAUUUUUAUGGCUUCUUACGUGCUAAAUUUUGCUUUAACUGCAAAUUUGAAUUCAACGAUUCCAAGCAAUAAAUUUAUAAGUGACACGAACGCUCAAAUUAGUGUUAAAGUCUUCUUUCUUAUUAAAAUUAUAGCACGUUGUCCGCAAGGCGAGCAUCGUUUUGUCAGCCAAUCGUGGCCUGUUGCUGUGCUAUAUAUUUUGAUUUGAGAGAAGACAUGAUUAUUAACCCCUGAGUAUUUAUAAAACAACAUCGAAUUUAAUAUACGUAGCGCUUGUUGUGGUUCAAUAAUUGGACUUAUCAGGGUUUGACGUUUCAUUUUAAAAUGUAGAGUGUAACUUCUUCAACGUUUUACCUGUUACGAGGUAAAAUCCCAAGUUUCUUAUUUUGCUUGAACAUAGGCUUCUUAUCGUAGUGGCUUCGGUCUUUCUACAUAUGUAUGUAAUAAUGUAAAUAAGUAAAAUGUUUAUAUUGAAAAAGUCAAAAUAAAGCGACACUGUGAGAAAUAUUAGAUUAUAAAAUAUAGUAUGCGUCUCAAAGAAAUAAAAUAUCAUAGAGGACGUUGUAGUUGUUGUAGGUUUUGUAUGUAAUAAAGUAUAUUUAUGAAAGAAAUUGUUGUGUACUUCGAAAGCUGUCUAUCUCUUUGUAACUAUGUAAAUCUUAUUUGGAUAACGAUCCAUCUAACGUGUUCUUCGUUCAUUUUUCAAUAAAAGUUCACUUCAUUCUUCAUUCUCGUUUUAAAUUUUUGUAAAUGAAUUUCUAUCUUAACUGUUCUUCCUGUCUCUCAGCCUAAAAAUUGCACCGCAAAUGGAAAAUCCAUAAAAAUAUUUAAAAAAAUACCUGAUAUUCUACACAACACAAAAGUAAAUAUAAUAUUAUAUAUUUGUUGUACGAUCAAUGGAGAAUGAAGCUUUCGUUUUUCCUUACUGAUUUUACAUUAAACUACUUAAUGCAAGUAGAAUUUACAGAUUUAUAUGUAAUAAGCGUAUAUUAUAUGACAUAAUGUCUUGUAAAUUCUUUAAAAUGUUAGUGAAUUAUUCACAGAACUGAAAAAAAGGUUGAAAUUAUUCUCGUUAUGUUGUUUGUGGAAAUUGAACUAUAUCUGUAUCAUAUUAUGUAUGUAUUGUUGUUUUUAUAUAAGUAUAAGCGUCUUCUAUAGGGUUUUUAAAACUUUUCCACUUUGAGACACAACGAACCUUUCUGUUAGCACUUACUUAAUCAUAAUUGGUGUCUAUAAUAUAAAAAAAAAUAUUAACCGAUGUUUUGAUACGUCAUACAGUAGUGAUUACCAUAAAAAAGUAUCUUGUUGAAGUAGCUGUGUCAUUAACUAUUGGUAAUAUUAAUUAUAUUGAUAAUAUAAUAACAAGAUUCGCACAAUGAAAUCAAGGAACUAACAUAGGUGUAACAAUAAUAGAAGUUAAUGUUAUUAUUACGAGAAAAUAAACAAUUAACGUAAGUGUGAUAGUAUUUGCGUUCCAUGAUUUCUGAGUAGAGUAGAUACCCCCAAAUAUGUAUCGACGCGUACUUCCUUCGCUACUCCUAGUUUACUAAAAACGAACAGAUAAACAAUAACCCUAGUUCUAUAUUAUCUGUAUAUUUUUAGUAGUCUAAGGCUUCGAUUGUAUACGCGAUAAAGGCUUUUAAUUUUUGACAUAAUAUUCCAUUUAUUUCUACUGUAAAUAAUUGUAUUGAAACAAAAAUUUUAUAAAAAAAUGGUCCAUUAAACUUUAUCACGUAAUUAUAAGGUAGUGAUAUAUUAGUAGUUGCAUACGUAUACCUUUUGGAGAAUUGUGUGUGCUUAUUGUUAUUGAAAGUACCUAAUGCCAAACGAAUUUCUACUUUCGAAGCUAAAAAGCAUGGCUUUAAACUUGAAUUUGGACUGUAGUGUUGAUUUCACCGUCACCUCUGUCUUUGUAAAUAGUAAAUUAAGGCCACAAUUUAAUUUAGAUUUCUGUCACACAUUAGCUGUGUUCCGAAACUUUCUAGUCUUGAUAUUCGGGCAGACUUGUGUUCAUGUAGAUUCGUUCAGACUUUGCGGUGGCCUUUCCAUAAUUGAUACCUGAUUUUUAUUAGAUUUGUUUUUCAAUUGAUACCAAAAAUAAUCGAUGCUGUUAGACACCGUUACCGAUGGAUCUCUAUAUUAAGUAGCACUAAACGAAUAUUGCUUUCGGCUGACCAAAUAGUGGCAACUUGUUCUGUUGUCGGAUUUUGUAUUGGUUCAAAAAUGUAAAUAACUCAUAAACGAAGCACAGUUCUUUUGAACAGGUGUGUAGCACCCUCUGGUGGGGCUUUUCGAAACUAAACUGGCAAAUUGUUCUUUGUAUGUUUAAGUUAUUUUCGUAAAAUUUGUGAACAUCAGGCGUUGUAUAAAUUAUUGUCUCGUAUCUAUUUAGGUACUAUUGCAUAUAAUGUACGUAGUUUUUUAAAAUGUUAAGUAUGAAGUAACAUUACUGUAGUUAUUUUAAGGCGAUCGUGUACAUUUUGUAUCGUACUUUGUUUCAAUAAUAAAUAUAUAUUAUUAUAUGGUAAAAAAUAAAUCAUCCA